AUGGUCACGAAGAUCGUCCCCCGUCCGAGCCAUGAGCGUGGCAACGCCGACCACGGCUGGCUCAAGACCUUCCACACCUUCUCCUUCGCAAUGUACAGCGACGCACAGCACGACCAAUAUGGCUGCCUACGCGUGCUGAACGAGGAUCGCGUCGAGACACAGACCGGAUUCGGCACGCAUGCGCACCGCGAAUUCGAGAUCUUCUCCUAUAUUGUCUCGGGGCAGCUCGAGCAUCAAGAUUCGAUGGGAAACCGCGAAAUCCUCAAGCGCGGUGACCUGCAGAUGACGUCCGCGGGUACCGGGAUCCGGCACAGCGAGAAGUGCUACGGGCCCCAGCAAGUGCAUUUCCUCCAGAUAUGGGGCCUCCCCUCGAAACGGGGGCUCGCACCAGCAUACUAUACACGACACUUCAGCGACGACGAGAAGCGUGACAAGUGGGCACUUAUCGUCGCUCCUGCAGAUGCACCAGACGUAUCCCAAGCGCGUGAAGCAGCAGGUCCGGCACCUGUUCACGCCCCCCUCUCCCUCUACGCGACGCUCCUCUCGCCGUCCAAGUCCCUCCCGCAUACCUUCCCGGCUGCUAGCUCCGGCCCGGCACGCAAGGCAUACAUUCACGUCGUCCAGACAUCGGGAUACAACCCGAAGCAGGCCAGUGGUGCGCGCGUCAAGGUGUCCGGCGACGAUGCUGCUUUGGAACUGCGUGAAGGAGAUGGGGCGUAUAUCAUGAAUGAGCCAGGGAAGGCGCUGCUUGUGGAGAACGUGGGCGAUUCGGUGGCGGAAAUACUACUGUUUGAUGUAGAGUAA